AUGAACAUUGACCAGCCUCCUAUGCCCACUCCCUCACCCGGUGCACUACAAUCCACCGAUCCCUCUUCAGGACCAAAGCCACAGGCCUCCACUCCUCCUCCCACACAACAGGACAUUGAAGCAAACUUCCCGUCCCAAGAACCAAAGUUUGAAGAGUUCUCUGUUAGAAAAAACGCCCCUGGACCACCUCCUCCCCUUGUUCCGGCGGAACCCCUCCUCGACAAUGAAAUCCAGCAGAUUACGGCUGAGGAAUUUGAACGAUCAAUUAAAGCGGCUGAACAUGCUACCGAAGGACUCCGCAACCUCAAGCUCCCUCGCAGUGUCAAAGACCUGGUUGAAUUGCUUGGCCGUACCCUCACCACCACCAAACGCACAUUUCACGAGACUGGUGAAAUUCCAGCAGGAGAAGCAAUCAAGAUUCAAGCAGUCAGCCCCGGCAGACACACAUCCCAUGGCAGCAAUCCGCCUCCCCAAAAACGCCUCUGA